ACCUGCUUCGCCAAGCAUUCCCCUCCCCUCCCCUCCAAAUCGAAAUCGAAAUCGAAAUCAAAAUCAAAUCAUCCCCCUUGUGAAUUCUGUAUCGCACCGCAUCGCAUCGCAAUUCUGGUUCCAAUUCGACUCCCCACGCCCACAUCUAGGGUUUCGGCCGCCGGAGCCCAUGGACCCCGCCGGCGGAGGAGGAGGCAGGGCCGGGUUCGAGCGGGCGUGCCGGCUGCCCAACACCGUCCACUCCGAGAUCGCGCCGGCGCUGCCGCUCCCCACCCUCCCGCCCGCGCUCGGCUUCGACGGCCUCCGCGACGACGAGCCCCUCGCCGCGCCUGACCGCCCCGACAUGAUCAUGCAGGCCGCCAACAUCGCCCGCAUCCUCGCCGAAACCGACGUCUCCCACCUGGGCUUCACGGAGGCGGACAACGUCGACGUGGAUCCCAUCCAGUGCUCCUGGCUCUGGAGGGAGGUGCUCAAGCAUAACCCCGACGCCUUCAAGGUCAAAGGGCCUACUCCCCCGCCGCCUUCGCAAGGUUCUCUUGAAGGCCCAAAAUAUCAAAAUCAAGAACGUGGGAAGCAUUUUGAGCAUCUUGCACCUAAUCUGAAUAAAGCACGGAAGGAACCUGCAUUUCCUCUGGAUGACAUCGACACACAUAGAGAGCAUUUUCGUAAUGAACUAACCCCGGAUUCAGUUGCUUCAAAGAAGCCAAAAGUUAGGAAGAAAGAAAUUAACAAUUCUGCUUCAAGAUCUGGUCACAGCAUUCCUAAUAGUCAAGAAGUCAUUGCCAACUUCUGUGAGAUGGUGGAGGAUUUCUGUGGAAGAGCCGAAAUUCCUGAUGAUGCAGAUGGCGGUGACUGGUUAUCAAUCCCACUUAAUGAUGUUAAGGUUCUUGUGAAUGAAAUUACAUCUAUUCGAUCGAAGAGGAUAUUGCAUGAGGUUCCUAUGGAUACGAUUACGAGGUUAUUACAUGUGAUAGACCGCCAGAUCCGUUGUUCUCAAGGUUUGUCAAUAGACGUGAAGGAAAAUCCUGAUGCUGCAGAUGCUGAACCCUUGGUUUUCUCUACUUUGGAGUCCAUUCAUGCGGCAUUAGCAAUUAUGACCCACCAUGAUAUGCCAAAGCAGCUGUAUCAAGAAGAACUUAUUGAGCGGAUUCUUGAUUUCUCAAGGCAUCAGAUCAUGGAUUGUAUGGCAGCAAGUAACCCAACCUUCCGAGCUCUCUACAAACCAGCUGAAAAUGUCGCAAAUGACGGAGAUGAUGAUGAAGACGACAUGGAAAAUGGACCGGUUAGCAAAAAGAGACGCACCACUACUAAUCUAAGCAUGAGAAAAUCUUCAAACAGAGUUUCUGCUUCUGUUUACUCUGCUGUGCAGAAACUAUGCUUGAUAUUGGGCUUUCUUAAGGAACUACUUACAACGGUGCGCUUAUCAGAUAGUUGUAUUCUGCAGUUAGCAAAAACCUGCUUUACUACAUUCUUGGUGGACAGUAUGCAGCUUUUACAAUUGAAGGCGAUUGGGGUUAUUUGCACGGUUUUUUCAUCAUACACGCAACAUAGAAGUUACUUGGUUGAUGAAACACUUCAUCUUCUUCGUAAGUUGCAGUUUUCAAGAAAUGCUGUUAGAACCUACCAUCUAGCAGAUGAAGAACAAAAGCAAAUCCAGAUGAUAACAGCCCUGUUAGUUCACCUGGUUCAAUUUAGUGCAAUUGUUCCUGAUAGCUUAAAGGGAACAGUAGAUUGGAGCACUAUCAUUGAUGCCUCAGUUGAUACUAGUUAUCCAAUUAAAUGCCAUGAAGCAGCAACAGAGGCUUGUUGCCUUUUUUGGACUAAUGUGCUUCAACGUUUCACUGCUGCUAAAUCUCAAGAUACGUCAGAAGCCAAAGGAAUUAUAGAUAAUCUUGUUCAGGAUUUGCUGACGAUGCUAAACUUGCCCGAGUAUCCAGCUGCUGCUUCUAUCCUUGAGGUUCUCUGUGUGUUGCUGCUUCAAAAUGCUGGACUGAAAUCGAAAGACACUUCUGCUCGGUGCUUUGCUAUUGAUCUUCUUGGUGGUAUUGCAUCAAGAUUGAAGCGUGAUGCUGUCACAUGUAGCAGGGAGAAGCUCUGGAUAUUGCAAGAGGUUGCUGAUGCAGGUAGUGAUGGCUCAAAGAUAUUGAAAAAUAAAUGCUGUGUUUGUCUUGGUGGAAGAGGUAUAAAUAUAGCCUGUGAUGUUUGCGGAAGAUGUUUCCAUUCAGAUUGUUUUGGGGCUGGUAUCCAGGAUAACUUACAGUGCGAUAGUGUAUGUCCCUUGUGUUCUUGCAAACAACAGCUCAGUGUGUUACAGUCGUACUGCCAGUUACAAAUAAAAGAAAACGGCAAAAGAACUGCUGCCUCGCUUAGUAAGAAAUCUGGUACACCUGCUGAGGUGCCAGCAGUGGAUAUUGUUCAACAAAUACUACUGAGUUAUCUCCAGGAAGCUGGUCAACAAGAUGAUGGGAACCUGUUUACUCGAUGGUUCUAUCUAUGCAUGUGGUACAAAGAUGACCCACAUUCUCAGGAGAAGAUUAUCUACUAUCUCGCCAGAUUAAAAUCUAAGGAGAUUCUGCGAGAUUCCGGCAAUGGUUUGGUGAUAUCUAGAGACUGGGCUAAGAAAAUUUGCUUGGCACUUGGCCAGAAGAACUCAUUUUCUAGGGGUUUUGAUAAAAUUCUUUCCCUUCUUUUGGCUAGCUUGAGAGAAAAUUCUCCUGUAAUAAGAGCGAAGGCCUUACGAGCAGUCAGCGGUAUAGUUGAAGCUGAUCCUGAGGUCUUGGGUGACAAACGUGUCCAAUCAGCUGUUGAAGGGAGGUUUUGUGACUCAGCUAUUUCUGUUCGUGAAGCUGCACUUGAGCUUGUUGGAAGACAUAUUGCUUCACAUCCUGAUGUGGGCCUGAAGUAUAUCGAAAAAGUUGCCGAGCGGAUAAAGGAUACAGGAGUAAGCGUUCGCAAACGUGCGAUCAAAAUUAUAAGAGAUCUUUGUGCUUCAAAUCCUAACACGGACACAACUCAUGCCUUUGUGGAGAUUAUUUCUCGUGUUAAUGAUGAGGAGUCUAGUGUACAGGAUCUUGUAUGUAAAACAUUUUAUGAGCUAUGGUUCGAAGAACCAACUGGGAGUCACAAGCACUUGGUUGCUGAUGGUAGUUCAGUUCCAUUGGAGAUCGCACAAAAGACUGAACAAAUUGUUGACAUGUUGAGGAAGAUGCCCAAUCACCAACCCCUGAUUACCAUUAUAAAACGCAACUUGAAUCUCGAUUUCCUCCCUCAGUCAACUAAGGCCGCAGGAAUUAACUCAUCCAUUGUGGCAUCACUUCGGAAAUGUUGUGAAUUGAUAUGUCAACGACUGUUAGAAAGAAUAUUGCAGGUUGAGGAGGGAGCUGCUAAUGAGAUGGAAGUCCAUGCGCUUCCUUAUAUUGUUGCCUUGCAAGCAUUUUGUAUUGUUGAUCCAACCCUAUGCAUUCCAGUAACUGAUCCUUCUCAGUUUGUUGUGACGCUACAACCAUACCUUAAGAUUCAGGUUGACAAUAAAUCAGCUGCCCAGUUGCUUGAAAGUAUAAUUUUUGUGAUUGAUGCUGUUCUUCCGCUCCUAAGGAAGCCACCACAAACUGUGGUGGUAGAACUUGAGCAGGACCUGAAGCAGAUGAUAGUUCGCCAUUCUUUUUUGACAGUUGUACAUGCCUGUAUCAAGUGCCUUUGUGCCCUCAGCAAAUCAGCAGGUAGAGGUCCAAGAUUAUUGGAAUACCUCGUUAAUGUCUUCUACAAGCAUCUGUAUGGAACUAAUUCAGAUGGUCAGCUGUUAGGUCGGUCGCUGUUUUGUCUUGGGCUACUCCUUCGCUAUGGUUAUCAACUGAUGCUAACAUCUGAAAAUCAACUUGAUUUCGCGAAGAUUAUCGACUUGCUAAAGAGAAGGUAUCUUAUCAGGGAUGAUUUCAGCUUGAAGGUUCGAGCUUUGCAGACUUUGGGAUACAUACUCAUUGCAAAGCCUGAAUUUAUGCUACAAAAGCAUAUCUUGGAUCUCAUAGAGGCGUCACUAUCUUCUGGGGUUGAUCAUAGAUUAAAGAUUCAAGGACUGCAAAACCUCUAUGAGUAUCUCCGUGAUGCGGAAAGCCAACUUACUGCUGAGAGUACUGGGAAGCCUCCUGCAGAGUAUGCAACAAAUGGUGGAAGUGAAGUGCCUGUUGCUGCUGGUGCUGGAGACACCAACAUAUGUGGUGGUAUUAUCCAAUUGUAUUGGAGUUCCAUCCUUGAAAGGUGCUUGGAUAUAAACGAUCAAGUUCGCCAGAGUGCUCUUAAGAUUGUUGAAGUUGUUCUUCGUCAGGGUUUAGUUCACCCUAUUACCUGUGUUCCACACCUUAUAGCACUUGAAACGGACCCGCUGGAGGGGAACUCAAAGCUGGCUCAUCAUCUGCUGAUGAAUAUGAACGAAAAGUACCCUUCGUUUUUUGAAAGUCGCUUAGGUGAUGGACUACAAAUGUCAUUUAGAUUCUUCGAGACCACAGUCAGCAACCAUAAGAUUGCAGCAAGCAUGAAAUCAAAUCCGAUUGCAUUUGUCAAACCCGGCAUAUCUAGAAUAUACCGCCUUAUCCGUGCAAAUCGAAAUUCAAGAAACAAAUUUGUGCACUCAAUAGUUCGUAAGUUUGAGUCUGAUGGCCGGAGUCGCUGCACAAUUAGCUUUCUUGUAUACUGUGCUGAAGUUCUUGCCUCCCUGCCAUUCACAUGCCCUGAUGAACCACUUUACUUGAUCUAUGAUAUAAAUCGAAUUAUUCACUUUAGAGCUGGAGCAGUUGAGGCUAAUUUGAAAAGGUGGACUUCUAUGGAUCAACAUCAAGAUAUGGUGGGUAUGUCAACAUUGUCAAGAGACAGCCACAUUAUGCAUGAGCCUGGAGGGUAUUCUGACCAUUAUGUGGGAGAUGUUUCUGAAAGGAUGCAUAACAAUCCUUGCAGCAUGUCAGAUGUGGACACAGCCAAACUUCAGGAAGAUUGCCAUGAUGCAAUAGCGCUGCAGCUCCUCCUCAAAUUGAAGAGACAUUUGAAAACUGUUUAUAGUUUAACUGAUGCCCGCUGUCAGGCAUUUUCUCUAAAGGAACUACCAAAAUCUGGCGAAACACUCUCCAAGCAGAAUGUUCCUUUUAACAUUAGCAGCACUAACGUCAGUUUGCCGAGCUGCCUGCAGGAUGUAGCACGUGUGUACCAGGAUUUCAAGACAUCGCUGCGAGAAGAUUCCAUGGACUUUGGAGUGUACACUGCUACAGUCCAGAGGAAGCGUCCAACUCCAAGAAGUUCCUCAAGAGUUAGGAGGAGUGCCACCACGACUGUUACAAGAGGCCGUGGUGGUGGCGGUGGUGACGACGACGAUACUGAUGACGAAGACUGGACUGGGGGGGCAAGAGUGCUUGACUUCAGCGCUCAGGCAAGCAAUGGUGGCCGCAUAACAAGGCAAAGGGUCCAAGUAUGACUGGUCGUGGUGCUUUGUACAUGUAGGAAAAUUCAUAGUUGACAGGAGACAUAGGGGGGUUUAGGUAAGGUCGUUUAGGGCCAUUAGUACAUAGAAGCAGAAAGGAAAGGAAGAUAGCUUUACCUUAGAUGCCAUUAAUUUGGAGCACUCCUUUUCUUGCUGUGCCCUUCUCCUUUUUGAAAUUUCUGUCGGGCUUUGGCAAAAUCGAGAACAGGUAGUGCUCCAUUUCUGAUUGAAUGGGAAUGAAAAUGGUUUCGUUGGCUUUA